AUGCCCGCCAAAUUUGUGGCUCACGUGUGUAAGAUAUUUUGCUUCACCGCCAUACUUGCAAUGGCUGUGCAACCUUGUCAACAGUUUUCACUUGGUAAUGACAAUUGAAGAAUGUUUCACCUUAAUUUGACGAUUGUACAUGACAGAUAUUUUUGUCUGUAAAUUUGCAGAUGGAACGGCAGAGCAGGGCUUUCUGGCCUUCUAUCGCUCAUUGCCCGAGGUAUGUUCUUGUUUAGGCCUUCUGCGGUGAUUUACGACAUGGUAUAUCAUUCACUCCUAGUUCAUGUAAUUGUAUACCAUCUUUUUCCCUUUUAGAAACCUGAAACAACUUUCCGUGUGUUCGAUCGCUCGGUAAGUGUUCGCUCGUUCACAAUGUUGAUCUGUGGGGUUCUCUUUUGUAUACACAAUUGUACUACCAGAUGUUGAUGAAUAGUGGGCAGACUAUUACAUCACUAAAUCAACAAUCAGAGUUGUGCACACAAAACAAUGAAGGGAAGUUGUACCUGCUGGCGUGCGCGGUAGGGUGUGGGGAGGAGGGUGGGGGGGGGAAUCAGAGCAUGGUGGUUGGAGGAGGGGGGAGGGUGGGUCAUUUACCCCUAUUACUUGGUUUACUUAAGUCCUCCUACACACUUUAUUUAUAUGCAUUAAUCAAAUUUUCUAAAGAAGAACUGGGCUUCUUAAUUUGUUUUUGUUUUUGUUUAUUUUUUUUAUCCCCUGUGCAAUUAUAUAUGUUUUCUACGGAAAAGUUAAGAAAGUCACUGCUUGUGUUUAUCUUUGGGAAAUCACUGCACUUUUUAAAUUUUUUUUUUAUUGAGAGCAUUGUUCUUUGAAAUGAUAUCUGUUCUAUGCCCACCCCUCCAUGACUGCUCUGAUACUCUGUCUUUUCCUCCUCCAUUACAGGACUACUAUACUGUUCAUGGUCCUGAUGCAGCAUUUGCCGCAAAAGAAGUCUUCAAGACAACAAGUGUUAUUAAAUAUCUUGGGAUUGGUAUGUUGAAAUGUAAUAAAUAACUUAACAGACUGCUUGCCUUUAGCAUAUGAUAUUGUUAUAACAACAGUGAUAUUUGCUAUUGUAUGUAAAAAGUACCUUGUUUUGCAGGUGAAAAGAAAGUUCCAUCAGUUAUUUUGAGUAAAAUGAAUUUUGAGAGUACAGUUCGGGAUCUGUUGCUUGUACGUCAGUAUAGAGUGGAGAUGUACAGAGCAAGUAAAGGUGCAAAGAACACAUCAGCCUGGGAACUUGUUGCCAAGGUACAAGAUGCAAUGAAUUAGUUAACAAUUAAACAGAGAAAUUCGCAAUGAAUGGACUGAACAUGUGUUAUUUAAAUCUUGCUAUCAGUGUUGUCUAGACAUCUUUUUUCCCUUGAAUUGCCACUUAAAUUAUCUUAACUCUUUGCCCCUGAAGAGUGACUACAAUGACAUUAAAUGUAAAGGUUGCAAGAAUAGAGGAAAUGAUUACUAACCAAACAAACUCUUGAUUGUUAAUUAAAUUAUCCUUGUCAGCACCUUAGGAAAUGUACGGAGAACAUCUCAUAUGUGAUGUAUUUUCAUAACUUUAUUUUAGGCAUCACCUGGUAAUUUGCAACAAUUUGAAGACAUUCUCUUUGGAAAUAAUGACAUGUCUGUGUCAGCAGUCGUCAUGGCAAUCAAGCUUGGUAUGGAAAAUGGCCAAAGGGUACGUUUGCUUAAAAAUUCAUUACAAGAUGUACCACAAAGUGACAAGUAUGAUUGGGUGUUGGGAAGAAGAUGCAGCAGAAGCAAACUAAGGAACAAAAGUGAAAGUUACAGCAUCAAAAAAAUCAUUUAUGAUUAACCUUUUUUUUCCACAGGUGGUAGGUGCUUCAUAUGCUGAUGUUGCAGCAAGGAAGCUUGGAGUCUGUGAAUUUGUCGAUAAUGAUCAGUUUUCUAAUCUGGAGGUAAGAAAGAUGCUAAAUGUGGAAUCUCUUUAUUUGUUAGGUAAAACAAAAGAAUAUAAGAGGUACAAAUAAUGAAUGAAUUAUUUCCUAGGCAUUGCUUGUACAGCUUGGUCCAAAGGAAUGUUUACUGCCACAAAACGACUCAAGUGCUGAUGCAGCCAAAGUAUUAGAGGUGAUUCAACGAAGCAACAUUCUCAUAUCUGACAGGAAAAAAUGUAAGAUUUAGUUUGAAAUUAUGGCAAAAAGCAGGGGUUUCAAUAAUUUUUCUAUAACCCCUAGACACUAGAAGAUUUCUGUUGCUGAGGACAAAGUCAAUAACUGAGAAUUUUGUAUAGUCAAAAUUAUACCCAUUUUUGUUUUUGUAGCAAUUCAACACCUUUUUUCAUCUUGAUCCUUAGUGCCAAUGCUGUUCAUGGUUUUUAUUCAAGGAUUGUUGAUCCUUUUAUUUUCUUUCAUUAAUAAAGUUAACUUUAAAUCUUGUUAUUGAAGGUCUGUUGUGUUUAUAUUAUAAACAAAAUAAUACAUGUUUGCUUUUGGAUAUAGAGUUAUUCUUCUCAUGUUCAACUCAACAUCUUGCUUGUUCACUGCAGUCACUUGUGAGCUAUUGAGUUGAACACUGGAAGAGAAAUUCCACAUCUUUGCACGUCCAUGUAUUAUUCUCUGUAUAUCUCAUGUCAUUUGGAGUGAUCAAAGUCAAUAGAUAUAUGGAUAUUUUGGUUAGUUAAAAUGUCCAUGGUGAAAAAAGACUGUAAUGUAACCCAAGUUGAUAGCACCAAAUAUCAUGUUUUAUUUGAAAGGGAGUUUGAAAAAUCCAGGGUUAAUUAAUGGCUUAAAUAAAUAGGAUAACUGUAGCUUACUGUAUGUAUCAAUUUGUCAUGCUUAUAGCUGAGUUUUCCAACAAAGACAUAGUACAGGAUCUCAACAGGCUUUUGAAUUUAGGAGCAAGUGGAAAUAGUGGAACUUUGGGUAUGUCUUUUGUUAUUUAAUUUACAAAACACUUCACUAGAGGAAAUAAAAUACUUCUGGGUUUGAUAGCUUGAAUGCUGUUUUGGCUAAAUAGCUUUCUCAGUCUAAUAAAUAUCUUGAGAAUUACCGAAUGCAUCAGACAAGCAUCGGCAGAUGGCCCAGUGAGGGUAACAUGAAUAAAAUUUAUUGUUGCUCUUGCUGUCCAUCAACUUUUCAAUUUUCUCCCAAUGCAAAGAGAAGAGUGUUUGUUAUUUCAAGUAAGAAUUGAUUAACCCUGUUAACUCCCAAGAUCUGAUUGUUAAUUCUUUCCUCUACCUGCUCAUCAUACAUCAUAUCCUUGUAAAUUAGUUUAUAACUAGAAUGUGGUGUUAGAUCAAACUAUCCAUGAUGAGUUUGAGUAUUCCCAUUACCUGGUUGCUGGAUAAUGUGUGGAUAUUAUAGGGAGAAGUUGAUCACCUCCUGGAGUUAGAGGAUUAAGAGACAACUAAAGUUACAUUAAUUUCAAUAUAAUAUUCUGUUGGACCAUAUAAACCCAUGGAAGUCAAGAUGACUAUAUUCUUUGGCUAUGUCAUUCAAGAAAAUUGUGAACAAGGCGAAGAAUUUUGUUUUUUAUUUGUGGAUACAAAUUAAAGAUACUUUUGCUGGUGUCUUUCAUGCUUGUAUUAUUUACAAACAGUCUGAGAUUGAUUAACAUCAUUUAAAUUGUACUCAGUGAAUGUGAAUCUCCUUUUUGCAGCAGAGAUAGACUUGACUCAUGCAACAUCUUCUCUAGCAGCUUUGAUCAAGUACUUGGAGGUAACUCACCAACUCUUUACUGUGGGAAAUAUUUUCAUUGUUUUGUUGCCAUUAUACAUCAUGUACUUGUACCUUUUUAAAACAUUUCUUUCACCUAUAUAUUCACGCAUAAUUAUUGUAAGUUUCAAAAUAACAGUAGAAUGAAGGCCUGUGAGAAUUAAUGCAAAUAUUUUCACUUCACUUUAUAUCACCCCAAAUUAGAAAUGAGUACAUCAAAACUGUGCAUGCUUACAAGUUUAAUCUGUAAUCAUCUUUUCUUGUUCAAUGUUCAGGAAAAUUUAGUUUUUGGAAUAUGCUACCGAUAUUUAUUCAGACUUUGUUUUAUUAUUAAUUGCAGCUCCUUGCAGAUGAGUCCAACUUCAGUCAGUUUCAUCUGAGCACAUUUGACUUAACACAGUUUAUGAAGCUUGAUGCUGCAGCUGUGAGAGCUCUCAAUCUUCUUCCAAACCCAUUAGAUGGUACAGUAUUACCUUUGGAUAUUUUUGUAUCCUCAGUAUUUGCAUGUGCAUGUGGUAAUGGAAUGGAAAUCAUUUAGUUAGAUAUGGAACUUUUUUCACAAUUGGCAGCCUAUAAUUUAUUCAUAGCAUUCAUUCUGCUUAAGUUCCCUUGUGACAUUCUACCCUUUAACUUCCAUGAGAGACCAAGACAGAAUUUCUCCUUACAAUGUGAAUACAAUAUCAAGCAGACAAGUGAUGAGAAUAAAGGAAUAUGUCAAUUGGGGGAUUAUUAAUUGAUCCAAUAGCAACGUCUUUGAACUAGUACAUAAUUGUAUGGAAGACAUAUAAUUGUUUGGAGAAUUUUACUUAUGAGAUCUUGGGAGCAAAAGAGUUAAUUGGCUCCACAUAUAGCAUUUGCCCAAUGAAAGAAAAAGUGCUAGUGUUACAGUUAGAAUAAAACUGUUAAGACCUGGUAGAGCCUCAGUUUUACUCUUUUAUUUGAUCUGUUUCUUCACAAGUUUAUUUAGUUAUAGGCUUAAUUAUUUAAGCAUUUAUUUUAUCAACCUCUAACAGGAAUGAACAUUUGGUCUCAGAUUUUUGACACAGUUGUUUGAUGUUCUUCCAUUCCAGGAGGCAAUAAGAGUAUGUGUCUUGUUGGUUUGUUGAAUAAGGCAAAGACAGCACAGGGACAGAGGUUAAUAGCACAGUGGAUUAAACAACCUUUGAUGGACAAAAACAAAAUAGGUUAGUCUACAAAUAAUUGCAGUCUUACAGUAGGCAUACUAGAGUAUGUGAAACAUCUGUGUGAACAGUUUCUACUGUCAUUUGUGAACAUUUUAAAUUGUUAAUUUUCAUUUUACAGAAGAGAGACUUGAUGUUCUUGAAGUUUUCUUUGAAGACACAGAACUUAGACAAACCAUUCAGGUGUGUACAUUUGUGGUGAUUAACUGAAAGCUUGUGAGUAAAGCUGUUAUGUUCAUGUCAAGAAGGAGUUGUGAUGUAUUACCAUGGAAAGGUAUUUCAGAUCUUUUGUUGACUGAUGGCAGUCAAAGAAAGAUAGGAAUUAGUAUAUAACAGAAACACAAGUUGAUUAUAUCCAAGUUUGAGGCAUUAGUUCAACCUCACUAAACUAAACUUGUAUCAAGAUAAUGAAAGAGUACCAGUACUGAUGUAAGUUCUCUUAUCUUUAGUUAACCCUCUUACCCACCUAACAAACUAGCAUCUAAUUUCUCAUUAAAAUAUCACUUCUGAAUUACUCAUUAAGGCCACAAGAAUGAUGGAAAUUAUCUUUGACUAAAGAAGCUCUUGGUUUUUUAAGCAAAUUCUCCUUGUCAGUAGCUUAGGAAAUGUAUAGAGAACAGUUUGGUGAAUGUGCAUACUGAUAUUAGGGUGUAUCAAGGGUAUAAGUCUUUCCUUCCAAAUUCAAUAAUUAACCUGCCUAAUAAAGAUAUUGUGUAUGCUACUUGAGAACUUCAAUGUUUUGGAUGUGCUGUUAUUUUUACAGGAAGAGUUGCGAAAAAUUCCUGAUUUUUCUCGACUAGCCAAGAAAUUCCAGCGACAGAAAGCAAGUUUACAGGUAAUAUACAGUACCAUUAAUAAUAUUUGAUUAAGUAUGCAAAGAAAUAAGUUGUUCAGAGGGCUCAUUCAUAGCUAUUCUUUCAAAUAUUGAAGUGGUACCCUUGGCUUGAGAAACACAAAGUUACGGAUUUAAAUAGUCUAACAUCCUUGGAAGUUAAUGUGUCAAAAAGUGGGAUAUUUUUUUUAUUUGCAUCACUUUGUUUCCUUUUCUCUCACUUACCAGGACUGUGUGAGGGUCUACCAAGCUCUUCAUAGACUUCCUACUUUCACUGGUAUUCUUACUGGCUAUCAGGGAAAUCACCAUGAGCUUAUACGCGACUGCUUUACAACACCCAUAAAGGUGAUUCAGUGAACAACUUUUUAUUUUUAACCCUCUGAACUCUAAUUAUAGUGACUAGCAUGUAAUUUUUCCUCACAAUAUCACCCCUGAAUCACACAUUAAGGUCACACAAAUAAAGAGAUUUAUCACCCGCUAAAGAAGAUCUUGGUUGUUGAACAAAUUCUCCAGGCCAUCACCUAAGGAAAAGUAUGGAGAACUGUAUGGAGUAUAAGCAUACCAAAGUUUGGGUGUAAAAGAUUGAUAUCUCUUUAUAAUUAACCUUACUACAGCUUUAGUUCAAAGGCUUGGUAAUUGAGAUAUGCUAGUCAAUAUUCCUAAUCUCUUCAAGGGAUAUUUUCAUCUUUGAUAAAUCUGUAGCAAACUAUAGAAUACUGUUUAGAGCAGCUAUUUAUUUCUUUGUAGGAUCUUAUUGAAGACUUUCAAAAGUUCAUUGAGUUAGUGGAGACCACUGUAGAUCUUGAUCAGGUGGAGAACCAUGAAUAUUUGAUCAAGGCUUCUUUUGAUGAAGGAUUGCAAGGUGUGAUUUGCAUUCUUGUUUCAUUUUACAGUUUUGUUUUAUUUUACAAUUUUGUAGUUUCAUCAAAAAGUUUAGUUUUUCCAAAUGAAACUAACCCUUUGACCCCUAAGAGUGACUGGCAUCUAAUUUCUCCUCACAAUAUCACCCCUGAAUCACACAUUUUAUCAAGGUCACAAGAAUAAAGGAAAUGAUCACUGACUGAAGAUCUGGAUCUCUUGAUAGUUAAACAAAUUCUCCUUGCCAGCACCUUAGGAAAUGUUAAAAAAAGAAAAAAAAAAGUAUAGAGAAUCCACAUACUGAUGUUGAAGUGUAAAGGUUUAGCCUUAUAAUGAUGUGGAAGAUCCCAUUGACUUUAUGAAUACUUUGUUUUUCUUUUUCAAAGUUCUUUUAAACUCCUUUGUUGUAAAAGAAAGCAUCCACUCAUAUUUGUUUUUGAGAAAAGUUUAUUUAUAGUGAGGGUGACCUUUUUCCUGUAGAGUGUAGAGAAAAGAUGGAUGAAAUCUUAGAGCAGAUACCAGUAGAACUAAACAAGGUUAGUUUUAAGCUUAUAUUAGUUUUAUGAUUGUUCUCAGAAAAAUUUCAUGCUGUUUCAUACUUAAAAAAACAAUGUUCAGUCAAUUGAGUAAAACUUCUUUUUGCUAUUUAACCGAUCUUUUGUUUACAGGCAGCACGAGAUCUUGGUCUUGAAGCAGGAAAAUCAAUAAAACUGGAAACCAAUAACCAGUUUGGUUAUUUCUUCAGGAUAACCAAAAAAGUAAGUUUCUCUCUGUAAACAAUAGUAUUAUGUACUUAUUGACUUCAUAGGAGGGCCAAGGGUAAAAAAUUUUGUUCAAGGUCAUGUUGUGGUAGUCCAAAGUAUUACUUGGAUGUGCUCUACCCAGCCAGCAGUUAAAGUACUGAAUUUCAACGCAGUGCAUGUUUCCUUUUUGGUGUGUGUGAACUACAGGAAGAAAAGGCCUUAAGAAACAGCAAACGCUUUACAACAAUAGACACAAGAAAGGAUGGAAUAAGAUUCAAUAAUUCAGCAUUACGGCAACUGAAUGAGCAGUUUCAAGCUUUUAAGGAGACCUACAAUGAAGUGCAGAGUAACCUGGCCAAUGAAGUGAUAAAAGUGGCCGGUAUGUAAGCAUGUUACCAUACUUCCUUGCUUUUGCUAAAUGAAAUUGAGGUACCCUGAGUCUUGAGUAAAAACAUUGAGGACCAUAGCUAUAAUUGUGUACACUCCCUGUUGCUUGUCUCAAGCAAAAUGGAAAAUGAAUAGAAUUUGACAAACUCUGUCUGGAUCCUUGAUGAGAAUGGUAUCUCUCUUUCCCCCCCUCUCUGCAUGGGGAAGAGACUGGUCCGAGAAAAGUAUGUUAUAAAGAUAAGGACACCAUUUCAACUUUCAUCAAGCCAAAGUCAAGCAUGCAGGGUAGCAUUUAUAUACAUGUGGUGUAGCUCUUGGGAAAAAAAAACCUACAUAUCAUGUUUAAUUUUUUUAUGACAGGAGGUUACAGUGAGCCAAUGCAAAUGCUAAGUGACAUCAUUGCUCAGCUUGAUGCCUUGAUAAGGUAAGUUUUCAACCAAUCUGUGAUUGAUUCUGUCAGGCUGGUUGUGAAAGAGUCAAAACUUUUCUUAUAUCUUUCUAGUUGUGUAGUCAGCUUUUCAACUUGUUGUGAGCCUUUACCCUAAGAAAGUUCACUUUUUGUUUCAAAAUUUGCAAGAGUCAUAUGAUAAAAGCCAAGUGGGUGGAAAAGAAUUGUAUGCUCAGGCCUACAGGGCUAUAGGCUGACUAUGCCCCUUGCCCUCCAAGUUCUUACAUAAAUUAUUAUGUGCAAGUAAAUGGUUAGGAACUAUAUAGUUUACUGACUUACUAACCCUUUAGCUCCUGUGAGUGACCAAGACAGAAUUUCUCCUUAUUAUAUCUAUACAAUAUCAUGCAGACAAGUGAUGAGAAUAAAGAAAAAUAUCAAUUAUGGGAUUACUAAUUGAUCUAAUACCAAAUUCUACAAACUACUACUAUGAGAAUCAUUUGGCAGACAGUAAGGAGAAUCGCUAAUGGGAUCUUGGGAGUUAAAGGGUUAAGGUUGGGUGUGUUCUCAGUAAUAAUUAUCAAUCCAUGGUACAGUGUGUUUCUAUUAACAAAACUGGCCUUAAGGUAUUAUGGGUAAACGAUAGCCCAAUGCAGACUGUGAUAUGUCAAUUAUCUAAUUAUGUUUUGUAAUUAAUUUUUUUUUCAGUUUUGCGCAUGUCUCAGCUAAUGCUCCUAUUCCAUUUGUUCGUCCAAAAAUUACUCCCAAAGGUAAGUCCAAGAACAAGAUGACAUCAUGACUACUUUACAACUUCCCUUCCAAGAACAUUUUUGAGCAUCAGAUGUAAUUCAUUUGGUAUCCUCUCCUUCACCUUCACCUUGCACCCUUCAUCAAGAUUUUGAAGGGUCAACAUUUUUUUGCAACUGAGUGUGUUCAACCAAUUCUUAUUGGUUCCUUGUGGUGUUUUUUGUUUUUUUCUUAUUGGUAGUUAAAUUACAUAUUUAAGCAAGCAAAGUAAGGUAGGCUGAGAUUUUAGCAAUUGCAGAAAAGAAGCUUCAAACAAUUCAUGCAAUAGUGGAAUUGGACCCUUUCCUCCCAGAUACUAGUUGGUUGUUGUACAUGGAAGGUACAGGUUUGAAUCCUGUCGAAGCCUGAAUUUUUGCAGGCUUCUUUUUUGCAAUUGUUAAAAAUUGCAGACCACCUGUGAGGAUCCUUUCUUUUCCUGAUUUUCAUCUGCAGUUCAAAUUGAUUUUAUUUUAUUAUAAGUUGUUACUAGAGUGGUUGAUAAUUUUUUUUAAUCAUAUGACUUUCAUUAUUAAUACUGUCCAGACACCAUCCCAAAUCAGUCUUGUGUGAGUCCUUUUUAUGUUCUUUUAACUUAACAGGAGAGGGACACAUCAAACUUGACAUGGCAAGACAUCCCUGUCUUGAAGUUCAAGAUGAUGUGGCUUUUAUUUCCAAUGAUCUCAAGCUUGAAAGAGGUAUAAUGAACUGAGUGAUUGAUUUGUGACUGAUAAAACUAUUGCAGGGAUAAUGUUGUGUUAUUGAACUACAAUUAAUAAAUACUGCUUGGACAACUGGGUCUGGGGCAAGUUUGACACAUUUUUUACUCAGUUUUUUACCUUUAGAAACCAUAGGCUUUCAGAAUUAUUUUGAGUAGUAAAUGAGACAAUGAUACAAUUACCGUUUUUGUUGUUGUUCUUCUUAUUAUUACUAUUAAUAUUAUUAUUAUUAUUAUUGCUGUAUAUUGGUAUUAUCAUCAUUAUAACUGUAUUUUUAUAUGUUCAGUUCAAAAAGUAUGGUUGCCUACAUUAAGAAGUCCAUCUAAGGGGGCAAAUUACAUUAUGUGCCAAUAAAUUCAAAGUUUCGACAUUGUCUCCCCCCCUCCCCCACCCAUCUGUGCCCCAGGGGAAUUUGAACAUGAAUUUGACAAUUCAAUUCCAUUUUCGGAGGAACACACCUGUUCUAUUUUUUUAUGUGGAGGUGUCUGAAGGUAAAGAGUUUACUUUCAUAAGCAGAUGAAUGUCUACAAGAAAGUCAUGGUCGCUGAUCUUGCCUUUUACAAAAAAUUGACCAUUAAGUUUGGCACUUGGUUUGGGUUGCCCAAGGGGAAUUUUGUAGCUUCAAAUUGAUCAAAGCAUUACUUGCUCGAGGUGGGGAUGAAUUGAAAUGUAACCUACAUGUUGUAAAAAUUUAUGCAAAAAAAGAAAAAGAGAAAAUAGCUCGGUGGAAGUCGUAAUUAUCCAUGAAAUAAUGAAAAAUAUAUAAAUGAUUAAGAAUGUGACUUAAUUGUUAUGAAAUGAUUGUUAUCUUUAUAAUAAUGUUUAUUAACAGGUAACAAAGAAUUUCUGAUAAUAACUGGCCCUAAUAUGGGGGGUAAAUCUACUUACAUCAGACAGGUAUGUUGGUUGUUAUUGUUAUCUUAGAAGCCAAUUUGUUUCCUGAUCUAAUCUUUCUUCAAAGUGAUUUUGAAUAAAUCAGUUGUUAGGGAUCAAGAUUGCAACCGAUACGAGCCCCUAUGCGACACAACGCGACUAAAAUCUUCUCACAUUUGUUAAAAAUGAGUCGAUUACUUGGGUUUGUUGUCAAAAUGUUGUCAGGAUGAACGAUCCUUUAUUGCUAAGGUCAAACAGCUUUUUAAGUUACAGUUUAUAACUUGGUAACUGUAAAUGUAUUGCUAGCAACCAUUAUUCGCCACUUAGGCGCCAAAGGGCGAUCAAGGAAUUUUUUUAACCCUUCCCCCUUUAGGAGUGUCUGAUUAGUAAUUUCUCCUUACAAUAUCAGUACUUUGUAAUGAAGAAAAAGAUGUUGAAAAGAAAAAGAAAAGCAUCAACUUAUGGAUAUUGUUGGAUUUAAUAACAAAUUCUCAGAGCGAAAAUAACAAGAAUUGUACGACAAAUAGUGAGGAGAAUUGAUUUUUGGAUCGUAGGAUUUAAAAAGUUAAUUUGGGUCCCUGGUUUUUUAGUAAUGCUUGUUGUAUGUCUCAACUUAAUGAUGUGUAUUUCUGUUUUUCCUUGUUAGACUGGAGUGAUUGUAUUAAUGGCUCAGCUUGGCUGUUUUGUGCCCUGUAGCUCAGCAGAAAUUUCCAUAACAGACUGUAUUUUAGCCCGAGUGGGGUCUGGAGACAGUCAGCUAAAAGGAGUUUCUACAUUUAUGUCUGAAAUGCUGGAAACUGCCUCGAUAUUGAGGGUAGGGAUCUUUGCAUAUUUUCUUUGAUAACACUAUCUGUUUAGGUUCACCAGGGAGCUAAAAAAUACAGUGAGUCAAUCAGGAAGACUUUGAGAAGGAUUGUUCUUUCUGUUUCUGAAGUGUUCCUGUUUUGUGAAAUUCAGCACAUGCUUGUAGAUGUUACAGUUACAAAGGGCGUGGCUAAGGGGGAAAUUCCAGGGUACACACGACCCUCUAAUAGGUGUGUCAGCGAAGACCAAACAGACAGAAUACUGCAAGAACUUACAUCUCUCGGUUCGUUCGAAUUUAGAAGAGUUUACAAUUGAGUUGAUAAUGUAAAAUGGCCACCAUAGAGAGUUUCUUAAGCUCACGCCUUGAUCGUUAGCCCUUCGCCAGUAUUCGCUCUGACGAAGGGCUAAAGCUUGAAACGCCAGCUUUAGAAACUCUUUACGGUGGCCAAUUUUACAUUAUCAACUCAGUUGAUAAAACUAAAUUAUCUUGUUAUACUCGCCAACCAACGAAGCACCACAGUUUCUUUAGAAACUUACCCCCCUUUAUUCGUUCAAAUUUAGUUUGGCUUGAUAACUUUAUUUCAUUUCUCAUUGGCUUUCUUUCUUCUUUAGUCUGCCACUGAAAACUCUCUCAUCAUUAUCGAUGAACUAGGAAGGGGAACAUCAACAUAUGAUGGCUUUGGACUGGCGUGGGCUAUAUCACAGUAAGAAAUCAGCAGUAAACCUGUUUCAACCAGGAUGUAGUUUAUCCAAACUAAGAGUAGUCCCUCCUUUUCGGCGAGUUUUUUUACUCGCGCGACGGACAUCGCCGAAAAUAAGGGACUGCUUGUGGUCCAUAGCGUAUCUUAAAGCUAGUAGAUAUGAAAUAAACCAUUUUCCGUGACACCCAUUUUAACCUCUUUUUAUUUUUGAGUUAAGCUGUAAUCUGGCCAGCACAUGUCUUAUUUGUAACAUUUCUUUUCAGCUACAUUGCCACUAACAUCAAGUGCUUCUGUCUUUUUGCCACCCAUUUCCAUGAGCUUACAGCUCUUGCGGAUGAAGUUUCCACGGUAACCAACCUCCACGUUACUGCUAUGACCUCCAGUGGGACUCUGACGCUUUUGUAUAAAGUUAAACCCGGUGAGCAAGGAAAUUGGAGGAAAAGAGCAUGUCUAUUCCUGUGGGAGAAACUUAAGCCCAGUCCUAAUUUGUUUGGCGCUGGAGAGAGAGGUCUUGGUUCGAACUCUUCGUGGUUGAUUAAGUUGUGUUCUUAGGCAAGAAAUUUUGCUCCCAUAAUUUCUCUCUCUACCGAGGAGUAUUGAUAGGUACCAGACAACUUUUAGAGAAACUUGAAGAAUUUCUGCGAUGGACUAACUCCCGUUUGGAGAGGAGUAUCAAAAUUCUAAUCCUUUCAUGCAACAAAAACCAAGUUGAGUUCCGACCUUGAAUUAGAUACUGAGCUUCUGAGACGUCCUCGAUAUUGUACUUUAUAUGGUCAGCUGUUCUCUUUCUGGUCAGUCGCAAGGAUUGCGCACAGUUGCAUGUCACUGCUGGGGCCUGGGUUCGACUCCCCGGACCAGAGGUCACAUAAGGAUGGAGUUUUUAGUUGGUCCCAUUCUUCUGUCAGAGCGUUUCUCUCUGGGUUGUCUAGUUCUCCUCUUUCAAGAAAAAGUAAUAUUCCAUUUUCCUAUUCGGUCAGGAAUAGUGGGCGAUAAAGCACACUGGGAGUAUGUCCCCUGUGAGAAUUAUUUGACUUGUCUAGGAUCAGGGGCGUAAUAAUUUCGCUGACAACGCACUUAAAGCGUGGUCAAACGCACGCAACAUUUCAACGAAACAUCUUGCAAGAUUGUUGGAUCAUGUUGCGAGAUGUUGAAGGAGAUGGCCAAACGUAUGGGACACCUUGCAAUAUUCAAAAAUGUUGCAACAAAAAUGUGACCAUUUUCAGGCUUGAUCCAACACCAUCUAACAUCUAACAGCAUGUUACUACAAGGUGGCCAAACGCGUGCGACGCCUUACGCACAACAAUAGUACUGUUGCGUGCGUUUUGCCUGGCCUUAACUCUGAUUACGAGCUACAUUGGAAUGGGAAGUUUAAACCGUUAAGGUUAUUGUUAUUUUGUUAUAUUUUUCCAGGUGUAUGUGAUCAGAGCUUCGGUAUUCAUGUCGCGGAACUUGCUCACUUUCCAACAAGCGUCAUAGAGGUAAGAAUACGUUUACUUAUUUAACCACAUUUAUUUUGCUUUUAUUUCCGCGCCUUUGUUUUCCUAUUUAGUAGCGGCCAAUGGUCAAUGGUGUGCUAGUAAUUUUGCCAGGAUGUAGAAAGUGGAGAAAUUUUCAAAGUCGUAACAAGUACGGUCGUGUAGUCUGAUUUGUUGUUUAUACGUGAUAAGAGGGACUUUAAGAAAACCAAAAUGGCGACGGCAAUGAGAACGUCGCGAAACAAAAGAUCUAAUGAGCAGAACAUAAGCGAAACACGUGCGUUUUAAAACUUUGUACAUCUCCUAACCGUCUAAUACAGAACAAAAACGUCAAAUCAUCAACUCUUACGUCCUCUUAGCAAGGCAACCUCGACAGCAAUUUAGUCUUGUUUUCACUUUGAAUUCAACAAUCUAUUUAUAUGUCUAUUUAUAUGACAUCUUCACUUCCGCAUAUAUUAUGCGGAAGGGAAGAUGUCGUACUGUCAGAAACAGUUAACGCAUCGAGCUAUUGACGAAAGUCUUUGAAAUUUGAUUACGAUUUACCACAUGUCACCGUAGUGACACCUUAAACUCCUUAUAACUGGCUGCGAGACGUGACGUUAUUGGUUGCCUUGCAGCCAAUAACGUCACGGCAGAACUGACCAGUAGGUGAUCAAGAGACGUAUCGACAAUAUUCGACGGGGAAACAAACUUUAACUUGAUGUAUAACGCUCAAGCCUGUUCAGGGUCCUUGACCCAAUCCUAAGGUACUCACGAAGAGCGUAACUUAAUUUUCUGCAUACAAACACAUGUACAACCCACAAUUCCUCCAAACGCUCAGACGAAGGACUAACGCUCGAAACGUCAGCUUUGAAACUCUUGACGGUGGCCAAUUUACGUUAUCAACUGAGUAGAUAACACUAAAUUAUCCUGUUAUCUUCACAAAAAGGCUUAAUUCGGACAAUAUUUGUGUUCACUGUAAUCAAGGGGCCACAGAUGUACAUUUCAUUGUUAAAAAAAAGGCAAAACAACUACAGCAACAAUUCUGCUCAUUAAAAUAAGAGUUAUAGCAACGUUACAUGAUAGCGUAAUGCCUAUCUAUAGCAUCUCGAUGGAUCAAAAUAUAACCGAAGAAAAAAUUAGAAAUAAAAUCUGAGAAAAGCUGAAACACGUGUAAUCUGUACAAACCUCGUUUUCAAGAAACGCUGAAAUAAAGGAAAUUUUAAGAAACAUUUUGACGUCGAUCGAUUAUUUUUCGGAAGUUGUUUUGUUUUGUUUUGUUUUUCAAACGCGCACUAGCUUACUUGUGGACAAUCUCGCAAUUAAUUUGAAAACUAUGUGCAUUGAAUGUUGAAGGGAAAAAAGGAUUGAUUUUUGUGACUUAAAGAAUGCUUUGUACUCAAUUCAACCGUUCAAUUUAAGCGCGCAAAAAUAGUUGAUCUUUACCUCUGAGCAAUGUUGUCUAAAACCUAGUUUUCUUUUAGCCCCAUAGCUUUCCUUGACUUAUUCAGUAUGAUCUUGUGAGAUUAAAGCGAUAGUUCUAAACUGAAUAGUCACACUAUAAACUCAUAUCUGCAACAACAAAAGUAGAUUUUCAAAACUUAAUUCUCCAUUUUCAAGACUAAUGAAACUCAUUAAACGUUAUACCAAGUUUACUCACAAGGAACCACAAUUGUGAAAAGGAACAUUUCAUGCUUUGAACUUUUCUCAGAACUUUGUAUGCUUAGUAAUGAAUGUGCACAAAUGCACUUCUAAUUCAAUAAAAAGAGAGAGAGGGAGAGAGGUUAAAACCACUCAAUGUUGUUCCUUAUUAAUGAAGAACCGUAACAUGUCAAAAGUGGUAAUAAAUACAUUGCUGAAAAAUAAUACUCAUUGAGUCCAACCAAACAAAUGAAAGAAAAAAUUUGCCAAAUAUUGACGCAGCUAAAAUGAGUGUACACCACCUUCUUUGUCGAUGAGGUUAAGUAAAAGUAUUCAAAGUUCGUCAAGAUUAUUGAUGAUCCUUCCUCGAUAAUCACCACUCUUCAUUCUAUUAAACAGAAUUUCGUUGAAAUCCAGGGGUUUGAAAAUGUCAUAUUCCAGUAUGGCGAUCUCCGCUUGGGUCAGUUUGCUUGCCCCCUCGGCCAACACUCGCUUGCUCAUAAAGAAUGCUUCACAUAGGGUGACUGUGCUGUCAUUUUGUGUUUCUUGAGUUUGUGGCGUACUUUUGGUUUCUGCACAUAAAUAAGGCUCUUUACCCCUCAGAAUAGUCGGUGUUUUAUCGUUCUUGCGUUUCUGUUUUGCUUUGUUUUUUUCUUCCAUGCUUGACGUAUUCACCAGCGAACAAGACAGCACACAGAGUUUGAGGCUUACUGUGUUUCCUCAUGUUUUGAUGGGAGUUGCGAACACAAAAAACGUGUUUUGCGAACACAAAACGUGUUUUGCGAACACAAAAACGUGUUUUGCGAACACAAAAUACGUGACUGGCCAAAACGUAUUGUUUGUCGCACCGGUAAACCAUUAAAAAAUUGAAACAUACUGUUUAAAGUUUAUUUUCUGAAAGCAAUAUAGAAAGGGUGUUCUCCCAACAUCCUGCGAGGGUUAUUACGCAGGUAAACCGAUAGAAAGUGCGCCUACUACAGGAGGUGGCUGUGCCGUUAUUUUGUAUUUCUCGUGGUUGUGGCGUAUUUUGGGUGUGUCCGUCUAGAUGAAGUUCUUCGACCUUCAGGUUAAUCAGCGGUUUUUUUUUUUUUUUUUUUUUUUUUGCGUUUCUGUUUCGCUUUUUACUGUGGUAUUCUUAUGGUUAACUGAUUUUCUGAGGAGGUGGAAUGCACACAGAUGUUCAGUGUUUCUGGUUUCUCAACGUUGUUGUGGGCCUGGUAUCCCUAUGAAGUGUGCACGUAUUAUCGUCAAACACACGUGUAAUCUGUUCAAACCUCGUUUUCAGCAAUCGCUAGAAUAGAUGAAAUGUACGAAAACAUGACGUCAAUCAAUUAUUUUGCAGAUUUGUUUUGUUUUGGUUUGUUUUCAAGCGUGCCAUGAUUUUUUCGAUAACAAUCUCGCAAUAUACAUUUUUAAAGUAUGCGCCCACUAAUGUCACUUGCUUUUACGUUUUCUGCCAAUCAGAUUUGUUUUUACUACCAUGGAUUUAUCCCCAUCACGUGUCAAUUCCUUGAAAACAACCUGCAGUUCAUCACAUUCCAUACGCAGGGAAAUAAAAGUCCAGAUAAUAAUCGCCAAUCAAGGAGCCCCCUUUUUAUUCCCACUUGAAAUAAUUUGAAAUAUGAUCCUGUUCUCUUUUCUCUUCGUUCAUUAUAUUUUCACUUAUUCGAGGAACAACAUGGAUAUUACUACUAAAACCAGUUUUCUUUAUCUUCCUCUUUCGUUUAUUCUUUUGAGUUUAAAGUGGACAUAAGCAAAUAUAUCACUAAGAGUGAAAAUAAAGUACUCCAUGUCAGAAUUUCGACUGCUUGUGAGUAACACGAGAUAACGUUUACGUAGUUUGAAUGGUUUUAAACUCGCAACAUCAUACUGUAUAAGAAAUGAAAUGCAUCAGGGUUUAAAGAUAGACGAAAUGUAUACACCGUUGUUUAGAGAGGUGAAAAUUGAGGAAAGGACGUGACCAUUAUCCAAUUAUAUGAUAUUUCUGAAAAAUGAUACUCAUCGAUUCAAUUUCGAAAAGCGUAGAAUAACCAAGAAAAUGAUAGAAAAAUGUGGCAAGUAAGUGUACAGCACCUAUUUUUGUUGAAUGGGUUAAUGAACGUAUUUACAGUUCGCUGAGAUUAGCGAUGAUCCUUCCUUGAUAAUCACCACUCUUCAUUCUAUUAAACAGAAUCUCGUUGAAAUCCAGGGGUUUGAAAAUGUCGAACUCCAGCAUGGCGAUCUCCUCUUGGGUCAGUUUGUUUGCUCCUUCGGCCAACACUCGCUUACUCAUGAAGAAUCCGCUGCAUAAGGUGGCUGUGCUGUCAUUUUGUGUCUCUUUUGCUUGUGCCGUAGUGUUAGUUUCUCCACAGAGAUGACGUUCUUUACCCUGCAAGUUAAUCAGCACCUUUUUGUGCUUGCUAAUCUUUUCCGCGUCAUUCUGUGGUACUUGCAUGGUUAAUUGGUUUGUCGACGUUGUUUUGGGCCUUGCGUCGUUACGACUAUCGCCAAACACACGUGUAGUCUGUUCAAACCUCGCGUUCAGUAAAUCGCUAAAAUAGGUGAAAUCUACAAAAACAUGACGUCGAUCAAUUAUUUUGCAGAUUAGAUUUGUUUAGGUUUGUUUCCAAGCGUACAAUGUUUAUUUGGAGAACAAUCUCGCGAGACCUUUUUUUAAUUUUAAGUAUGCGCCCAAUAUUCUCACGCGGUUUGACGUUUGCCAAUCAGCUUCGUUUUAGUAACCAUGGAUUUAACCCCAUCACUAGUGCAAUUCCUUGAAAACAACCUGCAGUUUGUGACUUGUUACUUCAGGUAAAUCAGCGUUUUUUUGUUCUUGUUCAAACUACCCGACUAACUAGCUUAAUGAUAAUUACUAAUUACUUCUAAAGUGUCGCGCGGUGCUAAUUUGGAUUUCAUUAGCACUAAUUAGAGCUAGUUACAGAACAAUCGACUGUUGUGGAAGUUUUAGUCGAGACAAAUUAAUAACGAGUGAAGUCAGUUUCGGUUUGUAAUCAUACGCGUGAUUAAUAAAUCGGACGACCGCGAAGCGGGAGUCUGAUUUGUUAAUCACGAUUAUGAUUACUGACAGAAUUGGACGCCAAGAAGUCCUGUUACCAAUUAAUCAUAACCAUUUCAAUUUCCAAAAAAACAAAUACACCUAGAACAAAUAUCUCCAGUGGAGACAAUGUCUUAAGUUAAAAAUUCCUCCAUUUUGGAAAUUCUCCGGUUUUUCUCUGGAUAAGUGGUUGUUGCUACGGUUAUUUUGAUCAUUUCUGUGAUUGGUGAAUUAGCUGAGUGAACUUAGUAUGAUUGGCUGUUUCAACUGUCCGAUUACUGCCAACUGUCCGAUUACACUGUCUGAUUACAAAUUUACGGAAUGAUUAAUGAAAAAAUGAAGCUGCGAAUGCACCAAGACUUUUUGAAGAAUUUGUAAUGGUUCUGAUUAAUAACGGUAAUAGGACCGAGAGGAGUCCAUUUCGGUCUGUAAUCAUACGAGUGAUUACAAAAUCGGACAACUGAUAAGCGGAGGGCCCGAUUUGUUAAUCACUCGCAUGAUUACAAACCGGAAUGGACUUCAUUCGGUCUUAUUACCGUUAUUUAUUUGUGUCUAGACUAAAACUUCCACAACAUUCGAUGGUUCUGUAACUAGCUCUUAUUAGUACUAAUGAAAUCCAAAUUAGCACCGCGAAGUCCUUUCACCAAUUAAUCAUAACCAUUAAAAUUACAUUGUCUUAAGUGUAAAAUUCCUCCAAUUUUGGAAAUUCCCCAGUUUUGUAGGGUAAGUGGUUGUUGCUAUGGUUAUUGUUGUAAAAAAUCCAUUUACGUAAAAAGAGGCUAGAAUCCCAACUCCCUAGAAAAUAUGUAUCAAACUUGUUAAAUGAACCACAACAUUUGGCUGAAAUAAAAACUCCGAAACUUCUUAAAAUUCCAAACAAAGGAGUAACAAAUUUAAGCGGACGAAAGCUCAAAAACAACCCAAACUCCGCGAAAACAAACUAAAAAGUACGCGAAAAAUGUCCACGUCAGUUUUUCAAUGUCAAAGUUAGAGUUCUUUGUUGUGAUUGGCUAAUUUGUGAAAUCACGCGCGCCGCAAGUGAAUACAAAAAGAAUACAAAGGGGGGAGAGGAAGAGAAAAGUUGUUACUUAAAAUUUAAAACGAAAGAGAUUUUCUACAAUUGUAAUCAAUUCUGUGAUUGGUGUAUUUAGCCAAGUGGACUUAGUAGGUUCAAAUGCCUUAUAACCCUCAAUAAGUUCUCAGACACUCGCCACUUCUAAGACCCAAUUUCUUUCACACCUGCAGUUUAUAUAUUCGCGUAAAUCACUUUUUGAAGGAAAAGAUCAAGUUAAAACCCCUUCGAUAAAAACUUUGUUGUCGCCCAUCAUGAUGCUGAUUGCUAUAACGACCAGAUUCGAAAAGCGCUUGAUCAACACUGGUUUUCAGACCUUUUUCUGUGAUGUCAUCAGCAACUUUGAAUUGCUAUGUAUUUUCAAUCCCUAACUCUUGUUCACGGCGAACCGUUCCCCGAUCCCCUUCCCCUUUCUCGGUGUUUUCUUCAAAUCAAGUCGUACCGCCAUCCCAAGCAAAAAACCAUUAAAUUCGUGCUCUGAAACUUCUGUACUUCUUUUGUUUUCUUAUGAGGAAGUCUCCCUUCUUGAACAAGAUGCUGUUGAACUGAUGAAAAUACCUUGUGUUUUAAAGAUUCGUUAAAGAGAAUGGGAAACAAGAACCAAAAUGAAAGAAAACUAGAAAGAAAUAUAAGCAAUAUUGAUGUUUGAAUGACCUGGUGGGCGCUAUUUCGAUCAGAUCACCUAAUACGGUUGCAAUCGUGAAACACAAGCUCUUUAGUUCGCAGGAGUCUAAAGAUAAUGCGGACAAAUGUAACAACCGUUGUUACUACAGCGGUAACUGCUUAGGCUCCUUUGGAGCCGCUAUGAUUUCGUGCCGAUCACAAGCGCUGUUCGUUUAGCGUUUUCAUCCAGGUAAUCCUCCCGUCAUCCGCUUAGGCGGACUUAGUUAUCAUCUAAGAUUUCGUAACAAUUGAAUCACUUCUAAUGCCCUUACAGCCUGAGCUAUUUUGCGAGACUUUAAUAUUUAUUCGAUAUAUUGAUAUUUUUUCACAAAGACAAUCACUACUCUUUUUCCUUCAAUUAUUUUCUAGAUAUUCGCAGAGUUCUCUCAUACUAGUUACUAUCUUUCCUUUGUUGCUUUCCCUCAAUCUUUUAUCUAAGAUCUCACUGAAAUUCAAAGGUUUAAAACCGUCUAUGUCCAACGCGUGCAACUCUUGUUGCGCGAACAUUUCAUCCUCUUCAGACAUACUCCCUCCGCGCAGAUACAGCCUGCUCCUCAUGAACUUUUCCAUUUCGCUUUGUCUUUCUGAAUUUUCAGCCUCUUUUUCGAUUUUUCCUUGGUGCUUGACGGAGAAUUCAGGCUCCUUCCCCUUGUGUUUGCCAUCACAAGAACGUAACAGAUUGGCCUUGCCUUUAUAACGGCAAUAUUUCUCUUUCUGUUCCUCUAUCUCUGUCAUCUUAACUUUUGUCUGCUUACUGAACAGUUUCACGUCUUCCAUCAUAUGUUACCACCAGUACCAAGCUACGAACAAGGUGCAUCCAAGCCAUCCGUGGGCUCCGCAAUUUGUACUCAUGUGUUGCUUCGAGACGUGCGCAAUGAUUGCGUGUAGGACUGCUUGUGAGCCAUUUCUAUUAAUUGGUGUCUCCAAACUGACGUCUCCAGUUAAAAUUAUCGUUAAAUAGGAUUGUGACGCAUGUUGUUCGUGGAACACCAACCCUUUUCUUUAGUGUCAAGAUUAUAGGGUAGCUACAGUGACCUAAACUGCUAAUUAUAACUUAGAAGAUCACGACGCAUUUCGAUGAUGAAUUUUAAGUAUCUUGUUUAUUGCUUUUCGUUAUUGGCCCGGUGAUGAUAAAAAUUUGAUGUUGUGUUUCUGAGCAAUUUUUAACUGAUUGUUCAACGUAGUGUAGGGCUUCUUUUGCCUUUGCUUUACUUCGCUCUGUGGUUGGGCUAGCGUUUUUUUUUUUUUUUUUUACUUGAGCAUUAUUUAGAGUACUCUUUCACACCUUACACUAUAACAUCAGUAUCCAUAUUCUCUGCACUCUUCUUUAUACAUUUCCUUUCAUACUGAAAGGAGAAUUCGUUUAACAAUCAAAGCUUCUUAAGUUAGCCAUCAUUUUCUUUACUCUUAUGAUCGUAAUGAAUGACCAGGAGUAUUACUGUAAGGAGAAACUAGAUGCUGGUCACCCUAAGGAUUUGAUGGGUAAAUAAUAACUGUUUUCUUUUAGUUUGCGAAGUUGUUUUGAUACCGUCGCCUCUGAUUUCUACUUUCACAAAAAUGGGCAUUGCUGAUUUGGUUAAGCUUAGGAAUUAGCGCCGAAUAUUAUAAAUAACUGGCUGAGGUUUGAUUAAAAUUGUUUUGAAAUUAAUGGAUGGGGGUAAAUUUCUAAAGAAACUGUGGUGCUGCGUCGUUGGGAGAAUAUGAUAGGGUAAUUUAGUGUUAUCAACUGAGCUGAUAACGUAAAUUGGCUACCGUAUAGAGGUUAAAGGCUGACGUUUCGAGCGUUCGCCCUUCGUCAGAGCGACGAAGGGCUCUGACGAAGGGCUAACCCUCGAAACGUCAGCCUUUAAACUCUGUACGGUGGCCAAUUUACGUUGAUAACACUUAAUUAUCCUGUUUUUAAUUUUACUAAAAUUGUUUUGAAAUUAAUGGAUGGGGGUAAAUUUCUAAAGAAACUGUGGUGCUGCGUCGUUGGGAGAAUAUGAUAGGGUAAUUUAGUGUUAUCAACUGAGCUGAUAACGUAAAUUGGCUACCGUAUAGAGGUUAAAGGCUGACGUUUCGAGCGUUCGCCCUUCGUCAGAGCGACGAAGGGCUCUGACGAAGGGCUAACCCUCGAAACGUCAGCCUUUAAACUCUGUACGGUCGUCAAUUUACGUUGAUAACACUUAAUUAUCCUGUUUUUAAUUUACUUUAUGACGCGUGACGCGUUAUACCGAUACAUCUUAAUCGUAUUACUUACUGUUAUUUAUUGAUUUUGGAGCAAAUUUAUUUAUUCAUUUAGUUAUUUUUUAUCGUGAGGUUGUUUUGAAAGUGCCCCUGAUGAUGCAUACAGUUAAUUUAGCUUACUUCCUUUACAGUUAUUGCUGAUUGGGUUAAAUCAUCACUGAUUAGCGCCAUGUUACUGAUUGGGUGGAACGUGGCAUGUUGUUUUGAAAAUACGCACGUUUUACGGAUACCUUUCAAUUUUCUUAAUUACUCUUAUUGAUUAUGGAGGAAAUUAAAUGUUGUUUUGUUAUUCUUUAUGGCUGUUUUGAAGUUGAUGACGCGCAUAACGAAGCUUAAUCAAUAAUCAUUUAACUAUUACUAAUUACCGUGACUUUAGCCGCCGCUAAUUGAGUUUCAAUACCGGUAUAUUUGCAUCUCUGAUACGUGCCUUACUUCCCAGAAUUCAAGCGGCGUUGGGUUAUUUUACCAAGGAUUUCGCGCAAUUCGCACGACGGAUAUCAUAGGGGAAAAAGUUGUUCUUGGUCUAUUUCAGACGUCAACUGUUAUAAAUUACACUGAAAAAAAAAAGGUCGAUGGUGCUUGUAAUUCCGCAGUACAUUGAUUUUUCUUGAGAAAAGAAACCUGCUCCAACUUCAGAGUCAAUUGAAUGCGACACUAAAACCAACAACAUACGUUUUUUUUUUCUUUGAGUUUUCUUUGGUUCCUAAUGAUAUUUCCUCUGUUUUUAUUACUUGAUUUUAGUUUUACGACAUGCAAUCGAAAAACGCUCUAUGCUAAAGAACGAAAUUUACUACGAGAUUGCAAGAAACAAACAAAGAAAUAACACGGAGUGUUGGUUGCCUAUUGCUGGUGUUUUUUCUUGCCCCUCAGGGGCUGGGAAAAACAUUACACAACUCGCAAAGUGCCCGCACGUAUUAUAUGUUAAACAAUCGAACGAGGUGUCUUUAUUAUUCUGAAAAUGUGACGCACAUCACUAAUUAGAUCUCAUUACUGGUAAUUAGUGUUACCUGAUUAACCUUACUUGUUUUUAUGUUUUGGAAAUUAGCACAAACAUUUAACUUUUCCAAGGCUGUACUAUUUUGAUUAUGAAAAUUUGUGAUUAAAUUACGUCACUGUUGUCUUCUAAUCACUAAUUAGAUCACUAAUUAGAUCUCAUUACUGGUAAUUAGUGUUACCUGAUUAACCUUGCUAGUUUUUAUGUUUUGGAAAUUACCACAAACAUUUAACUUUUCCAAGGCUGUACUAUUUUGAUUAUGAAAAUUUGUGAUUAAACUACGUUACUGUUGUCUUCUUUUACAGUUUGCCAGGAAAAAAGCAGCGGAAUUAGAAGAUUUUCAAGGCAGCACGGCGUCCUUGGGUGAUGGAGUUUUAGGUAAGAAGAUAUAUUCGAUUUUGUGGCAUUUCUUCGAAGAGGUCCGAAAGAGAUACUGUUUUUCAGUGAAAGGGGCUAGAUCAUGACUUACGCUUGCGCAGUGAGAAAGGAGAAAACACUAGCAACAACGGGCUGUUGACAGUCUUUGCCGUCUCGUUUCAUACAAUCUAGUAAACCAUUAAAGCGAGAAUUGUCUAAUUGUUGAAAUGCAGUUUCCUCGAAUAAUUCUCGACAGUACGUGACCAAAACACCUUGUGAUUCUCGGCUAUUACAACGACGUGCUCCACUCCAGGGAAAAAUAGCGAUUUGGCCCAAUCUGGAAUGACUCAGCGCAAGCUCACAGAGUGAUCUAGCCCCUGUAGAGGAUGGGUUGUAGUCCAACUCAAUCCAUUCCGUACCCUAACGGAUGAUGUUUAACAACCAUGCAUUGUUAGAUUCCAAGCUCGAUAAAAGUGGAUUUAGAUGAAACAAGAAAAUUUGUAUUUGCUAUAUGUUUCACUUUUUUAAAACAUUUUGCAUAAUUUAAAUUCUGAGGAAUUUAAUAGCAAUCACUUAAAUACGUUUUGGGAUGGGAAAUUUCUAGUAACAGCAUUGACAAUGAGAUUGCCGAUCCAAGUUAUUUUCAGAACCCAUGUCACGUAUGAAUUGAGAUACGACCAAGCACGUCAACUAGUUCUUAGCAGCUCAGUUGCUAAAGUAUUAAGACACGAAGUCGAAGGUUUAGAUUUUCGCGAGGCUUUCCAACACUUUUCCCAUGCUUGUGUCGAUUGCUUUUUGCAUCUUCCAUCAAUUUUUCUACCAGCUAGAUCCUGUGAAAGAGAACUUGAACUAGGAACUGAAUUUUAGCCGUCUGGUUUUUCUUUUUUCAAUGAAUACUACCCAUUUUAACGGAAGUGAAUUCGUUAACUAUGUAACUUACUGCUGACUUUUGCCAGAGUCUUUACUGCUAAUUUAUAAUCGUGUUUCAUGGCGGAUUUAUUUCAGACUCUGAUACAGGCACAUCGCCAGCCAAGAGACGGCGCAUGGUGAAGCAGGUGGGUACAAGAAAAUGGUUAUCUUGUCCUUCUACUAAUGUUGCAGGCGUUCGGUUAAACGGAGGGAAAAAGUGAGGGAGGUCUGGGUCGGGUCGGGUCGGGUAUAGAACGCCUGUAAAACUUUGAACCAAAGGCUGAUUCGGUGUACCAGCUUUUUUAUACUGAGAGGCUACUCCUCUAACGAGGCAUGUCACUGCAUCUUCCAGUCUAGUAAAGCAAUUUUCAAGUAAGUGUGGAAACUUAUCGUGAAUAAUAUUGUUCAUCUUACUUCGCUCUGCGAUGGUUCUAUAGGACUCUAGACAGUCUCUCAACCAAUCAGAUACAGCAUUAAACAAAUCGUUUUUUAGACACUCGCACUGACCUGCGAUUCAGGCCGUUUGCCAGUUUAUCUUUGGGAUUCUCGUUGACUCCUUUUUUAAUUUUUUUAAUUAAAAAUCAGCCGUUAGAUUACCAUGAUUUUGGUUUAUGACACUCAGAUGGUUAAUCGAAAUGCGCCCAUAACAGCGUGGUAGAGUGGGUUUUGUGAUAUAAGACAUAGAUCUCUGUUGUGCUUUUAAUUCGUGACGCACCUAGGUACUUAAAAGAUAGUUUCCGAUUUCCAAUAUAUCAUCUCGUGUGAUAAUUCAUCUUUUAAAUGUAUCUUUAUUGGUCACGAUGAGCCAUUUUGCUUUCUUUUUGUCUGUUUCCAAGGAUGGCGAAGAAAUAAUCAAAGAUUUCCUCAGUCAAGUUGCCAAGUUGCCAGUUGAGUCUAUGACAGAAGAGAAAACCUCACAAGAGGUAGCGAGAUUAAAGGAACAAGUAUUGGCCAGAAAUAAUCCUUACAUUCAAGAACUCCUUGCCAAAUAG